AUGCCACCUAUGGACCCGAAUGAUAAAUCGCCUUGGAAGUCGAUAAAUCACUUUAGCGCAUUGCCAUAUGGAUGGAUUCCGGAUGACAGUGUUGAGUUCUUUACAUAG